AUGAAGAAAGGUAUCCAACGCCAUCACCGUAACGAUUAUGACAAAGACCACCAAUCACCAAACCGCGGUUCGAAUGGAGUGGAUAUCGACGGCGACAUGGAGGAUGAAGAUGAUGGAAAUGAGGGGGACAUCGACGGGGGGCAAUGGGCAGACGCCGAGGGUGACGAGGAUAACCACGAUAGCUCAUCCAUCCAUCAACAGUCGACCCCUCCUGAGGAUUCAGACUCUCUUAGUUCUCCAAAAGCUAUGCGUGCGAAUGGGGGUUCUGGGAUGCUGCUACCACCUCCCCCGGCAGACCAACGACGAAUCAUCCGGGCCAAUGGUGCUAAUCGCAAACGCCCGGUUCAACCAGAGCUUCAGACAACACCGGCAAAGAAACGAAGAUCGACGGUUAAGAGGUCUGUUCGAAGAGCAGAUUCGUCAUCGGGCGAGUCCAACGAUGUCGUUUUACACGAAGAGAUAGAGUAUAAAGGGCUGGAUAUUACUAACGAGGGAGAAGUCAAUACCUUUUUUGAGACUCGGCUGCGCCAGAUGCAGCAACUCGUUUGCAAGGUUGUCGCGAAAUGCUGGAUAAAGGUUAUAGAACCAAAGAAGCAAUCGAACUUCCCAUACAAUCGAGGCGAGGAAAGUAAGCCCUCGUGGUGGCCACCAAAUGCACGACAUAAAGAGCCUGACCACCUCAUGAAACCAGAACGUCUACGAUUGCUUUUGACGAUGCUGCGUUGUCGCAAAGUCCCGGUUGCGAAGUUGGAAGCUGCAACCGCAGAGGCCACAGCUCAUAUCCCACCAGAGAAAGCCCCUCUUUUAGAAGAGAUAUACCGUGUAGCCAAGAUGGAAGAGCGUUAUCGCUCUGGUGGAUUAGCUCCUGGGACGUUAUGUUUUGUUGCCGCUUCCGAGAAGAUUGUCAAGAGUCCAAAUCAGAAAGUGCCAUCCCCAAAGGUGAACGGAGACUCUUCUUCACCGAUCAUUGCUUCGUCGGGUGCACUAAGGGAUAUGGGCCGUAGGAUGUCGAGUGCGCAAAGCCCGGGACAGCCACAACUCUCGCCCAUUAUCGCCAAUGGGGAAUCAGGUCUGCGAGCUGCCCCGAGGCUGAACACCGACAUUGUCACGGGUUCGAUUCCUCAUAUCCAGCCGCAGAAUCCCUUCCGUGGGAACAGGGGCCAGUCCAACGUCCAACCCCUGAAUACACAAGCAGGGCUAGGCUACAGCACGAACGGAUAUGUUUCGCAGACAUCCCCUGUUCCCGAUGAGCAGUAUAUGGAUCAAAACCAGCUGCCUUUAAGCUACACCCAUCACUACCUUGUGAACCCGCAACAACAACAGCCUGCGCCGCACCGCAAUUCCAUUGCUACAUCUCAUGGAUAUCCUGGGGCUAACCCACCCCCUGCACACUCUUCCCUUCGGCGGGCUCACACCAGCCCUAACAUUUCCCAGCAAUCGCAAUCCUAUGCUGGAUGGCCCCCUCAAAUGUCUAAUACACCGCUUGUAAACGGGAUGUAUUCACCAUACAGCCCAAACACCCAGCCCCAGCACUCACCCCAUGGGUCUCAUAGCGGGCACCCAAGCCACGGACCUCAAAGUGCAAGCAAUCCCCCAACACCCGUGACAGCAACCUCUUAUCAGCAAUUACCUCACCCCUUGCCUCCGAUGCACCAACACCAGCAAUCACAACUGGUAACAUCGCCUUCCCAUGAUAUUCCAGGUGGGGAUGAACGGGGCGAGCAGCAAUUUGAAACCCAAGCAAUGGCGGGCUCGAUUAGGUCUGGUUCUCUCCAGCACCAGCAUCACAUCGGCCAUGUGAGCUAUUCCGAUUUUUUGGAGAAUGAGCAUGAUUUGGGAGCCGUCCAGGAAAACGCUGUUAGUGUUGAGGACGGGCAACAAGGUGGGAGAUCGAAGUGACAUUGUUUUUUCUGUAAUUGUAUUUAGGAGGCUUCGCGUUUUUAAGCUGCGUUUUUUUCUCGCUUUUUUCUCGGUGCCUGAUGGAUUUUUUCUGAACUUUCAACGAUGACAUGGUGUUUGGCGCACCAGGAGUUUCUUACUUAUCAUUACUCGGUGGUUUUAUCCUCUUCGUUUAUCCUCUCUUCGCUUGGGGGCCUUUUUCAUGCACUUGUCCCCGUUCGAACCACAACUUCUCCUCAACUGUCCUAAGUGAGGUAGAUAGAGCGAGCCUAGGUGGUUUUAGUCUUGAAUUGCCUCCCUAUCAUAUCCCCUUUACUAUCUGUUUAUAUCCACUGUUAGCUUUUGUCCCUUCAGAGUUAUCAUAUUCUCCUAACCUACUGUAUUUUUGUCGAGCUUCUAUCCUCAUUCUCCCCUUCUUUCGGGUGUCUCCAUCUUAAUGGUGUUGUCUUUGAAAUAUUUUCCGUUCAUCGUCUUGGUAUAACAGGUGUUUUUCUUUUUCUUUUUCGUCUCGUAUGAGGGUUCAACGUUUGCCUUUGCUCUUGCCCUCCACGUGGUUGGUUAUUUGGUGUCCGGAAUUCCGGUUGCGAGUAUGGAGUUCGUUCAUUUGCAUUUAUUUCCCCUUUGUUUUUGGGUUUUUCUUUGCUCGCUGACAGCUCGUCAUACUAUUUUCUUGUGUCGGAUGAUUUAUUUUAGUCGUUCCAUUUGCUCUCUAUAGUUGAUUAUGGGGUAUUAGUGUUAUUUUUCUGCUUCCGUUGCAAAUAAGUAAAAAUGAAUGAGGCCAUCA